AUGACAAUAGGAAUCGCUUACGUACUAGUUAACAUAACUGCAUCUUCUACCUACAUUGGACCGAGUAGACAGAUGUGGCCUGUAGAGCCUCCACCUUACAUGUUCUAUAGACAACAACCAAAUGCUUUGAGAAAAUUCUAUUGGUACAAUGCCAGGACUCCAAUUUUAGUUGGCAAAAUGCGAUUAAAAAACUUUAUGCGUAAUAUCCACAUGUUACCCAGAUAUGUACAUUCUCCUACACCAUACCAUGAUAUAUAUGGAUCUUCCAAAAGAAGCGUCUUUAGAAAUGUUAACACUGUUCCAACUACGCCAACAACCACAACGGACUACAGCCUGGGCCCCAUCAACCCCUUUGUACCUCUGACAGCAGGAACGAUUCCCAAUCCUGAAUUUUCAAAAGGCGUCGAGAAUAAGAGGAAUUACUCCGACUUUUCAAAUAAUGGCUGGUCCUUAUGCCAAGAAAGUAUAACAAACACAAGAACAUCAGAUGACUGUUUUAAGAAUGCUUUAAAUCGUUUUCCAAGAGAGGAAUAUACUCGCAGCCUAAAUAGCGUGGCCAGCGAUUUAGCACUGACAACAACUAGUCUUCCAUACUUAAAUUAUAUUACUCACACCUACUUUACCCUUGAUGAUGUGAUUCUACCUCGUUCAGGGAAUAGGUUUACAGACAGCUCAGCAAAAGAAACCAAUGAGUAUCGUCUGAAACCAAUCAUUAUAACAACUGAAAUGCCCCCUUCCAUUACUACUGAGGUUCUUCAGACUACAACUAAAGCGAUACCAACGACAGAAGCGCCGAUCCCGAUCCCGAUACAGACAACAAUGACCGUUUUUGAUGUCGAGUACAGCAGCAGCGCGAAUCCCGUUAUCUCUACAGAAACAACUGAAUUCGCACUUCUAUUAGAAAAUUACAAAAAUUGGACAACAGUGCAAACCAUCAAAGAAAAUCCAUCUUACUUACCAAUUGUAACAACAGAAUCUUUUAAACCCAUCCUAAAACCGGAAAAAGUUAGAAAAAAUAUGACACCAAUAAUGCGGAGAAAAUUAAAAUCACUAAAACUACAUUUCAAAAAUAUUGUAACCACAAAAGAAACCCCGAAAUACCGACAAAAUAAGACCGAAAUAGCUAGUAGUGACAAUUAUAAUAAAUUAAUCGAAGCGUCAACGUCCACGAUUCCAGCGACGAUGAGGCCUAAGCUAAAGCGGACAUUUAGAAAAGCCCGCAUUAUAACAUCAACAAAAAAAACUCCCGUUGAAAUUACACGCAACAUUACUGAAACAAGUAAUUUUAAACUGAAGCAAAAAAAAACAAGCAGGAUCUUUCAAAGACGGAAACAAUUAAAUACUACAAUUUUGCCCGAGCCUUUAAAGAAUAUUACAAGUGAAAAUGACUUUAGCAGCAAAUUUAAACGUCGUUCAACUGCUACAACUCGCAAGUCCAAGACAAUUGAAGAUACCGAACACGCACACGUACGCAACUCAACGAAAUCUAGCAACAGUAAUGGUCUUCGAUCACGGGCAGACGGAAUAAUAGAAGACAAAGCAACGUUGGUCACAGAAUCGGCCAUUAUGACUAUAUCUAGUGGCAACAUUAAGCUGAAACAACCAAUAUUGAAACUAAAGUCACACCCGCACAGCGGAAAAAAGAUAAAUUACAUAGAAAAUGAUACCGUAAUUCCGUCCCUUCCAAUUGAAGUUUAUUUUAAAAAAGUUAACCAACAAUAA